GGGGAGGCUCCGCGAGCAGCGUCGCCCUUUGGCGGAGGUCGCAACUGUCCUGAAGAAGUAAGCCAAGUAAACCGGGACAAAGUGCUGGAAAUUUUGCGACGGAGCGGCUCGCCGAUAGCACCCACGUUCGGCGUGCCGAAAUCAACAUCGGCCGGUUCGCCCACGACCUCCCCAAAACUCGCGACACCUCAAAACGUAGCGUAUCUCGCAUCCUUGAGCAACAAUCAUCGAGGACCAACUGCAACUGCAUUAGUACCCGGACAAGGUUUUUCUUUCACACCGAGCGCUCGGGAAGUAGAGUUGACAACCUCGAUUGAGAGUCGCGGUAGGGCGCCAUCAGCAGGCGUUGUGCGUCCUGACUGGACCGCAGACUCUACUUCGGCUAGCACAACAGCAGCAGGCGCGGUUUCGUCUCAAGAGAUUCAGACUCCUUCAUUGGCAAGUGAUAAACAACAGCAGGCUUCCGCUUUAGCGCCAUCAAGUACUGAGACAACUGCAGUAGAAGUUACGUCUAUACCUUCUGCUGCGAACCAGCAAGAGAUGAAACAAUCACAUCAAGGGGAACAAGUUGUGGACAAAAAUUAUCUUGUUGGCGCCGGUGUGGCUUCAGCUUCAACUUCUCCUGGGAAUGCCGCACCCAUUGCCACACUCACUUCACCAACAGCUGCGAACGUAGUUUCAUCUUUAAUAUCCAGUCAUCAUCCACCUCCACCCACUGCGGUAAGCACUGGGGCAGCCAAAGCAACAGC